ACUGCUUAUUGGAGAGGAAAAAAUAGAGCAGAACGUCCCAUUCAUUUGCGCCCGGUACCAAAAUCAAUGAGUUCUCCAAGGGAGACUGAACAGAAAAUCGAUAUGUGCGUUGUGCUUGAUGCGUAACACGGUCGAUCGAUGGCCCUCGGCGAUUGGCGGUAGUCGUGAGGUCAUCGAUGACCGCCGCAAGUGCUAGGCCUUGGCGGCCAUCACCACCUCGAACUUAACACACAGUCCAAACCCAGCGUCGUCACAUGUGCACUCCAAGCCCUCUUAUAAACCCAUAGCGCAACGCGAGACCGUCCCUUUGAGAGAAUGGCAUCAUUACUCCUGGCAUUAUUCGGCUGUAUACAUUCCACCAUGGUGUCCCGCAGAGACGAAAAGGAGAAGAAGAAGGUGCAGCAGCACUACCUGCAAGAAAACAUGCGCACCGGCUCCGAGGCCAAUCCUUCGGUGCAGCGCUCCAAGGACAAACAAGGCGACACCCUCCGGACGAAGGCCGCGCGCAAGCUCCAUGGCGAGGACGGCGAGAACCCGUCUCAGCUCGGCGACCCCAUCAGCCUCAAGGCGGAAACGAGCGAGCGGGUGCCGACAAACGGCGAGGCUGGCAGCACGUCGGGUACGACGUUGAGAGGCAGCGAGGAGGGCAAGGACGACGCGAGCCGGGAAUCGAGGGAGUCCAAGCUGUAAAGGCAGUCGGCGAUGCUGGGGCAGCCGAUGGCUAGCUGCACCAACAUGGGGGAUCUACGUUGGGGGAUACUAGUCUCAAUACAUUGGGUGGGUCUCUGAACUUUUGUCAUGUGUCGCAUGUCGCGUCCCUAAGUUUAAUUAUUUAGGAAAUUCCUAC